ACUACACACUAAAUUUUGGGACAAGGAGAAGAAGACUUGCCCCCAAUGUUGGUCAAACAAGAUGAUGCUUUGUAGCCGCAAGUAAAAACCCCCCACAGAACAGAACAACAAAAUACAGAUUGCCCAGCCCAAGUGCUGCACAAAUACAAAAAAGAAGGAGUUCAAAGAUUUUAUUCAACGUGAAAAACAAGAAACCUCAGCCACUGGCAGGCAUGUACUUGGAAAUUCGAACGUAGAACGACAAACGUACGAUUUAGGAGUUUUGUCGUUUUGUCUUCUCUUCUGCUAAAUCUAUGGACGUAUCAAAGAACCCAUCUUUGUAGCUAGUCCGCCAAUCUUCUAUUUUUGCUUCUUCUGAUUCCUUUCUCACGUUCUUUUGUUUACUUGCCGUCGUAAGGCUCUCCUCAUUUUCCUCCACCAAUUCUCAGUGUAAGCCAUUGAAACGACACCGUCACAUAAAUCCCGAACCAACUCCUUCUUCCCGCCUCUCAUCUCAUGUCCCCCGCCCCACGUCAAUAAGCUUCCCUUCUGAUAUUUCUCUUCUGGGUUUUAUAUUUUUCUUCCAUAUCCUCAAGGGUCAAGCUUUUCCUUCUGCUUGACUAUUUCUUUUUGCAUUUGUUGAAGUUGAUAUUGAUCAUCGUCUAGAACCCAAUUACCAAAACUUUGAAAAAGUAUGCUGCUUUCGUUGUAAUUUUCUUUUUUCUUUGGUAUGGCUUUGAUUGAGGCUUUGCCUGAAUUAUUGGAAAGACCAGCAAAUACAAUGGAGUACACAGGUUUGAUGGUGUUUCUAUGUCCUAUAUGGAUGGUCUUUCUUGUUGGUGUUGUGAUCGGAUGGUCGUGGAAACCCAAGUGGGCACCUUUUGGGAACGGCAAGGACAAAUUAGGCUGCUCUGUUUCUAAAGGCUUCGAUUUUUCGUUGCCUUCUUCGCCGUCCCGGUCGUUAAUGUCCCCAUUAAAAGGGUUUUCAUCGGCUCCGUGCUUGAAUUCGUUUGAGUUGGCUUCCCAAGGUUGUGAAGCCUUGUUCAUGGAUAGGGGAUUUGAGAGAACAACUUCUGCUUCACCUUCCGAAUUUGAUGAGGGCAGCACAUCGCAGCUCAAUGAAGAGAAGUCUAAUGUAGUGACAGAGGAGGACUUAGACCUUUUAUGCACGCUUGUAGAUAUGAAAGAUGGAGGUCCCACUUGGAUACAGAUGAUGGAUCGUUCCACUCCAACUAUGAACUUCCAAGGCUGGCGUAGGGAUCCCGAGAUUGGUCCUCCUCAAUAUCGUAGCAGAACUGUCUAUGAGGACGCAACACCUGAGAUAGUGAGGGACUUUUUCUGGGAUGAUGAGUUUCGAUUAAGGUGGGAUGACAUGCUUAGGCAUUCGACAACGAUAGAAGAGUGCCCUACCACUGGAACCAUGGUGGUACAGUGGAUACGGAAGUUCCCGUUGUUCUGUAAAGACAGAGAAUACAUAAUAGGUCGUCGAAUUUGGGAAUCGGGAAGGUUGUAUUAUUGUGUGACAAAGGGAGUACCCUAUGCCUCUAUUCCAAGGCAUGACAAGACAAGACGCGUUGACUUGUACUACUCAAGUUGGUGCAUUCAAGCAGUGGAAUCAAGAAGAGCCAACGGCCAGCUGACGGCAUGCGAGGUUCUACUCUUUCAUCAUGAAGAUAUGGGUAUUCCACGGGAAAUUGCAAAACUUGGAGUACGAAAAGCAGUGUGGGAGACCGUCAAGAAGAUCGAGGCUGGCUUACGUGCCUACCAAACAGAAAGAGCGUUAGGACUGCCACUUUCUCGAUCAGCCUUCAUGGCUCAGAUCAACACCAAAAUACAUCCGGAGUACCUGAAAGCCUCAGGAGACAACGAGGAUUCAUCACAGACUGAGGUGGUGACUGCAUCUGGCAAAGCUGUGCGUAGGCACAUACCGAAGCUCCUAAUAUUUGGUGGAACCGUAAUCCUUGCUUGCACUCUUAGUCGAGGGCUCUUGAUGAAGACAUUGGUAUUUGGGAUGGCCAGAAGGUUUGCAAAGGUGGAAGAUGCAAGGACAUAUCUUCCUAUGCUGCUAAAGAUUAAUACUCCUUGGAAGGAAGCACCAGGAUACCCUGCUUAGCUGCAGGGGUAAGGGGAGCUAACGAGCCACCAAGGUUUCAAAGGAGUCCAACCCGUCAAAUUGGGGUGCCAACUUUAGCAUCUGAGUGGUGUUGUUCAGCUCCACCUUCGGUUUUGGUACGACAUGUUGGAUGGUUUCU